UCCUCUCUCCUCCCUUUCUCUCUCCCUCUCUCUAAACGAUCAAUUUCUUUUUCUUUUUAAAUUGCGUGAAGCAGAAGUUUGGUAUUAUCAGAAGGAGUGUUUUUUCUCGAAGAUCAGUUGCUUAGGAAAAUGGGGAAGAAUGAUCACAGAGACGAGAGAGUUCAAGCCGUUCUUCGACUUCUCAGCAAACAAGCCCCACUCACAACCAAACAGGAGAAGUUUUGUAAUACUGCUUGUGUGGAGAGGUUUCUGAAGGCUAAAGGAGAGAAUGUGAAGAAGGCAGUGAAGAGCUUGAGGGCUUGCCUUUCUUGGAGGGAUAGCAUUGGCAUUGAUCAUCUGAUCGCCGAUGAGUUCUCCGCCGAGCUCGCCGAUGGCGUCGCUUAUGUUGCCGGCCACGACGAAGAAUUACGACCCGUUCUGAUUUUCCGGAUUAAGCAGGAUUAUCCCAAGUUCCAUUCGCAGAAACUGUUCAUUCGUCUGCUUGUGUUCACGCUGGAAGUGGCCAUCGGGACCAUGCCGAAGAACACCAACCAAAUGAUCAUCCUUUUCGACGCAAGCUUUUUCAGGUCGGCUUCGGCUUUUAUGAACUUAUUUCUGGCGAUGCUGAAGAUCGUGGCCGAUUUCUAUCCUGGCCUCCUCCAUUCCGCCUUCGUUAUAGAUCCACCGUCUCUCUUCUCAUAUCUUUGGAAG